AGAAACCUGGUGAUAACUAUCACCGCGCGGUGGUCAUAUGUGACUCUACCGGAAUGGUGACAGCUGCAACCACCGAACGGUGACAACUGCACCACCGCACGGUGAUUGAUCAUCACUAAGCUGGUGAUGGGCAUCCACCCUCCGGUGGUCUUCUGCCACCUGCCGGUAGAGUCACAUAUGACCACCGCGCUGGUGAUAAAAUUUCUUAGAGUGUGGUGUAAAGACAUGAUUGGGGGUUCGGGGCAUUCUUAAAUAUGAAAAAUAUGAUUGCCUCACAUUUACAUAACACUAAUAACUUACCCUUACGAAUUUAUUUAAUAGAAUAUUCCUGCCUUGACUGCUCAAAUAGUGGAAGAAUUGACUUCAUGGUGCAACGAUUCAAUGAACUUCCAUUUCUCGAAAAGGAGGACAGGAUUGCGGUCGCGGCGAAGGUCGUGUUCCAAAAAGCUAUCGAGGAUAUCCACUCUUCCUUAAAAUUUGUUACGUUUAUUCAUUUAGUUUGUGCGAAACAAGGCAGCAAGUUCAAGGAGCUGAUUACAGACUUAUUUUUCGAAUACCUUCAAUAUCAAAGGGUCGUGGGGGACGAUGUCAGACGUAGUAAAAUCGGUGGCGUCCAGUUGCUUGGAGAAUUGUUCGUCUUGCAACCUUCGAUCUCCUACCAGGGAGUUGUGGAGUGCGUGGAGAUGAUGAUGUCCUCCAGAGUUGACGACAAUCUUCAAGAUUUAUGCCAGCUUUUGACCAUCGUCGGGAAGAAAUUGGAGGAGGAGACAAAUUUUAUAUCAGAAAGAGUGAAAUCCAUUAAAUCUGGUGCCAAUUUCCCCAUGCCGACAUACGUCCCAAAUCCUGACUGGAUGGAAACACAAUUUCAAGCUUUAGGAAAAUAUGCGGAAGACACAAAUUUGUCCGGCGAGACGCGUAAAAAAUUGGAGGAUUUGAUUCGUCUGAAAGAAACCGGUUGGAUAAAUGUUGAAGGUGGAAUUUGUUAAAAUGCGUUCAAUCCGCCACCAAUUUUAGGAAAUAUUCCCAAGAUGCGGUUCCAUCCAAUACAUGGACGCCACCGUUUAAAUCGUCGCCAAAGUCUGUCACGACGAGCUUUUCUCUUGGACCAACUUCGAGACAAAUGAAUAUGUAAUAAUAUGAAAAUUAUAUUUUUCCAAUUAACAAAUUUAAAGAGAAAUCAGAAUUAUAUAUAAUGUCAUGUCAGGUCGCUGAUAUUUAAUUAAAUGCAUAGUAUCAAAUUCACCAAACUUUUAUUGAUAAAAAAUAAUGUCACUAAUUUUGUAUAUAUUCAUAAAAGUGUUCCACAGGCUUAGCGAAAUUUGGUAAAUUAAUUUCAUGAUUACAUAUUAAUCCAUACCUGAGGCAUCCAUAUUGUUAGACCUACGAUUUUUAAAUUUUAAAAUGCUGCUCAUCGGGCUUAUAACUAGUGAUUAAAUAAAUUGCCGUCCACAUAUGUAUUUAGUACGUACCACUUGAGCCUAAGAAUAUGUCAGAUUUCCGAGAAAAUGAG